CCCCAAAUUUUUAGUGUAUUUUAUGUGUGUGUGACAAUGAAAUUGUAAGAAUGGAAGUUUAAAAGUACUCUAGUUAAGCACAACUUCUUCAAAAUAAUUCUUAAGAACUAAUGCAGUAUAGUUUCUCAAAUACUUUACAACUUUGUAAAACAUCGCUGUAGUUUUAUGUAUUUUCUCGUUGCGCUAUAGGCCAACUUUGAAUUUCCAUUAAACAGCACUGAAUGCCAGGUUCACUGAGCCAUUGUCAUUCUCCUAAAAAUCUUGCUUGUAUUGCUGGUUUCCUUGGCAGUCAUUUCCUAUUUGGAGCAGAGAUCCCGAGGGAGGACUGCUUCCUGUCGGGGAGUGUGGGAACCUUCAGAGGCGGAGUACACAGUACGCAGUCAGCCACAGAUAUAGGACACAAUCUAAGACCAGACGGCAGGCUGCACUCCACAACAUGAAUUUAAUUACAGCAUGCGAGGUCUGCGGAGUCCACAAUCUGCUGCUGUCUAUCCUUCCCUCCUUAUUAUUAUCUCAUGAAGACGUACUUAAAAAGAAACCUAUUCGGAAGUGCUUUUUUUUUAAAUAAUUGGCUGUUUAGUGUCAUCAUUUUAUAAGGCUUCGUAGUGCAGUGAUACAGUGGAGACUUUCAAUUGAUGAUUGCUUAUGGUUUUAUAUCCUUUAAUUAUGUAAUUCAUAUGAUCCUUUCUAUCUUUUUAAAGCCUAACAUUUCAUGUAAACCUAUCAAUAACUGCAGCAACGAUCCAUAAAUGCUUGCUCUGGAAGCGAGAGCAGCAUUUUUUAAAUAGAAAUCCUUGAAAAUGGAUUUGGGUGUGUUCAAGAUGCAACAGAUUGUUCCCUAGGGUGCUUGGAGACCAAGGCACUCCCUUUCUCUAAAUGCUUUAAGCAGAGCGCUGUACAGUGAACACGGUUUCCAAGUCCUGGCGUCUGAUAUCUUGCAGAAAAAUCAAGGAUAAUCACUGCACUGGCUCACUUCUCUUGCAGCCUCUGGACUUGUUUUGUUUUUCCCUGGGACCAUGCUGAAUCAGAAUAGUAAAAAUAGAUCCCAUCUGAUGCCGAGGCUGAAGGAAUCGCGGUCUCACGAGUCGUUGCUCAGCCCCAGCAGUGCAGUAGAAGCUCUAGAUCUUAGUAUGGAGGAGGAAGUGCUCAUCAAACCUGUGCACAGCAGCAUCCUGGGACAGGAUUUCUGCUUUGAGGUAACUACUUCAACAGGAAGCAAAUGCUUCUCAUGUCGGUCGGCGGCCGAGAGAGACAAAUGGAUGGAGAAUUUGAGACGUGCUGUGCAUCCCAACAAGGAUAACACCCGUCGGGUGGAGAACAUGCUGAAAUGUUGGAUUAUCGAAGCCAAGGACUUGCCGGCAAAGAAAAAAUACUUCUGUGAACUUUGUCUGGAUGACACGUUAUAUGCACGGACUACCUGCAAACUCAAAACGGACAAUGUUUUCUGGGGCGAACACUUUGAGUUCAACAACCUGCCCUCGGUCAAGAGUAUCACCGUGCAUCUUUACAAGGAAACAGACAAAAAGAAAAAGAAGGACAAAAAUAAUUACGUGGGCCUGGUCAAUAUCCCCAUAGCGGCGGUCACCGGGCGGCAGUUGGUGGAAAAAUGGUAUUCCGUGAGCACGCCGAAUCCCAACAAAGGGAAGAGUCCGGGACCCAUGGUCCGAAUGAAAUCCCGGUAUCAGAGCAUGAGCAUCCUUCCCAUGGAGCUGUACAAGGAGUUUGCAGAGUAUAUUACCAACAACUAUAUGUUAAUGUGCUCAGUGCUGGAGCCAGCUCUAAGUGUGAAGAACAAAGAAGAGAUGGCUUGUGCACUCGUCCAUAUCUUACAAAGCACAGGCAAGGCCAAGGACUUUCUGACAGAUCUGAUGAUGUCUGAGGUGGAUCGUUGCGGAGACAACGAACAUCUCAUAUUCCGCGAGAACACGCUGGCCACUAAAGCUAUAGAGGAGUACCUGAAACUUGUGGGACAGAAGUACCUUCAGGAUGCUUUAGGUGAGUUCAUCAAAGCUCUGUAUGAGUCAGAUGAGAACUGUGAGGUGGAUCCAUCAAAGUGCUCCUCCAGCGACCUGCAUGAGCACCAGAGCAACCUCAAGAUGUGCUGUGAGCUGGCUUUCUGCAAGAUCAUCAACUCUUACUGCGUGUUUCCUCGGGAGCUCAAAGAAGUGUUUGCGUCCUGGAGGCAGGAAUGCAGUAGCCGAGGACGGCCAGACAUCAGCGAACGCCUGAUCAGCGCGUCUCUCUUCCUGCGCUUCCUGUGUCCUGCCAUCAUGUCGCCCUCACUCUUCAGCCUCAUGCAAGAAUACCCCGACGACCGCACUGCCCGCACACUCACGCUCAUUGCCAAAGUGACGCAAAACCUCGCCAACUUCACCAAGUUUGGCAGUAAGGAGGAGUACAUGUCCUUCAUGAAUCAGUUCUUGGAGCAUGAAUGGACCAACAUGCAGCGCUUCCUGCUGGAGAUCUCCAACCCAGAGACCAUCUCAAACACAGCAGGCUUCGAGGGUUAUGUUGACCUGGGCCGUGAACUCUCCACUCUUCAUUCUCUUCUGUCAGAAGCAGUCUCACAGCUUGAUCAGAGUACUAUCACUAAGCUGGGUCCUCUAGCACGGAUCCUGCGGGACGUGAAUUCAGCCCUGACGAACCCCACCGGAGUCCCUGUGUCGUCUCCCACCGAGCGCGUGGGCUCACCCAGUUUACCCAGCAGCAGCCUGUCUACCGGUCUGCAGAAAAUGGUCAUGGACAGUGAGAUCACAGGGUUGGUGGAUUUCACUCGGCUGCCCUCGCCGACCCCCGAAAACAAGGAUCUGUUUUUCGUAACGAGGAAUUCUGUGAUUCAGCCAUCGCCUGCCCGCAGCUCCAGUUACUCGGAGGCCAACGAGCCAGAUGUUCAGAUCCCCAACGGCAGCAAGAGCUUGUCAAUGGUGGACCUGCAGGACAGCCGUUCUCUUGAGAGCGCUCCCAACACCUCCUUCAGCGACCCCAUCAAUGACAGCCAGACCUCCGUCGGCCAGGGCACGGGAGUGUGGACUACCCGCACUGCUAAGGGCAACACGCCCAGCGGCCCGACCCUGAGGAGGGCAGCUCAGACCCCCACGACACCAAGCACAGAGACCGCCCCGGGAAGGUCCCAGCUGCUGGCCCCGCUCUCGUUUCAGAACCCCGUGUACCAGAUGGCCGCCGGAUUGGCUGUGUCGCCCCGUGCGGUGGCCGAUUCGGGAUCUGAAUGCCAGAGUUCCAUCAGCUCCCAGAGUAACGCAGAGGAAGCAGCUACUGCGGGCUCAAAGCACCCUUUCCUGAGCCAGUCCAGCACGGGGGCCAGUGGUGGAGGGGGCAGUAGCGGGGAUGAGUUCCUUCGCCGUUCUGGAGAGUUCACCCGCAGACAGCUUUCCCUCACCGAGACUCAACACCAGACCAACGUACCGCGGCAGAACAGCGCAGGGCCGCAGCGCCGGAUAGACCAGCCGCCUCCGACCGUCACAAGAGGCCGCACUCCACCCAAUAUGCUCAACACCGCACCCUACCCCCGCCCCUCCAGUGGAAGCAUGAUGUCAUCAUCUCCUGACUGGCCAAGCAGCGGUACCAGACUAAGGCAGCAGUCGUCAUCCUCCAAAGGGGACAGUCCAGAAUCCAAGCAGCGGACCCUGCACAAACAAGCUCCAUCCCCUGUGAAUCCCAAUGCGUUGGACCGCACUGCUGCAUGGCUGCUGAAUAUGAAUGUGCAAUAUUUGGAGCAGGAGGGAAUUGACCCAGAUUCGAAACACCGGGAGGACUUUCCAAACAAGGAGGAUCUCACACCAACUGAAAAGUAUCAGCAGGAGAUAGCUGUCCUGCAGGAGAAGCUGCGUAUUUCUGCUAAAAAGCUGGAAGAGUAUGAAUCUCGCAUGAAAAGCCAGGACGACCAAACCCAGAAGAUGCUCCUUGAGUACCAGGCCCGGCUGGAGGACACGGAGGAGCGAUUACGCAAGCAGCAAGAUGACAAAGAGCUCCAGAUGAAGAGCAUCAUCACCAGGUUGAUGUCAGUUGAAGAGGAGCUGAAGAAAGAUCACGCAGACAUGCAGGCCAUCGUAGACUCCAAACAGAAAAUCAUCGAAGCCCAGGAGAAGAGAAUCGCAUCCCUGGACGCCGCGAACGCCCGGCUAAUGAGCGCUCUGUCUCAGCUGAAGGAUCGGUACAGCAUGCAAACGAGGAACGGCAUCUCUCCCACCAACCCCACGAAGCUGCAGAUCACGGAAAAUGGAGAAUUCCGGAACAGCAGCAACUGCUAGCGUGGAUACAAACACACACACAGGGCUAUGCGCUGGACAAGGGCUAUGGGUAACUCUCUUAUAAUAAGGAAAAAACGGCGCUCCAGCAGGUUUAAAUUUUACUAGUUCGGAAAAUAACUCCUUUGGGAACAAAAUCGGAUAGAAUGUUUAAGAGUUGCACAAUGUCACACAGUUGUUUCAGUCAGUAUAUAAAGACUUACGUGAAUUCUUUUAGAUUAUUAGCCACGCAAAGAUGUCUAAUGGAAUAUUCCCAUUCAUAGCCUUUGUCAUGAGAGCCACUCGGUCACAGAUGUUAGCCGUGACCAAAUACUGUAUUAUCUCUAGAUUUCAACUGUGCAUAUAUGCCUUUUGAUUGGAGUUAGCAUGAUAAUAAUAAUGAUCAUGAGUAUGUAAUUAUUUGUGGAAACACUAUUUUCUGCUUUCUUUUUGUUGAUGCAUCUGUACAUUUCAUGUAAACAUGAAUUUUUUUGUUGCUUGUGUCACUCCAGGGCAGCAGUAGCACAAAAUGCUCGCUUUUCUUUGUAACGUUAAAGAGAAAAAUCGCAUUUUGUUGCAUACUUUUUUUCUAUGCGCAUUGCGUUUUAGCCUACGACGCGCCUCAUUAAUGUAUAUAGUUUUUUAUGGGCUUUUCAGAGAAAAGAGAUUUUCUUUUUUUUUGUUUUUUUUUUUUCGUACAGUGUGUAUUUCCCGUGCUGAGGUCUGCAGAAGAAGAAACGUAAGCUCCGACUGAACACUGAGGUGCUGCUUUUAGACAGAGCAAAGAUGGCGACACACUUUAACCCCUCUGGAAACGCUCUGUGCUCAAAAUCACAACCAACGCUGUGGAUAGAAAUGUCCUCGUACUGCUUGCUGUUCACGUGGCCGGUAUUAGACUCCAUAUCCAACAUCAUACCUACAGUACAAUCGGUGUCUGCCCCCCUACGAUGUCUUUCUUCCACUCUAUGCACUUUCUAUAGCAUUAGAAUGGACCCUUUAACCAAAACCUGCUUCUGUGGACUUGUUAUAAAGGCUAUUCAGAGCAGCAAGUACAAAGCAUAUAGCAUUCAGCACUUCUACUGGAUGACAGAGGUUUGAGAUGAUGCGUGAAGGGUACGUGGCUGUUUUUUUUAACUUAAAAGUUGCGAUGUUUCCUGCUCUUCAAAUGCAGUUUGCAUCAAACAAGCUGGGAGUCGGUGCAGCACGGCAAUAGUUGUGUCAACCUCGCAGACCCCGAGAGUUUGCUCGGGUAUCAGGCGAGCCUGUUUUAGCUUCACUGAACUUUAUUCAAAUCAGGUUCUCGGAGAUGGAGUUUUAAGACUGUCAGAGUUUCUUUAUGUAUAAAUAUUCAUAUCAGUUUGUUCGGGACAAUAAUUUUGGAAAACUGCAAGGGCAAACCACUUUGUGUAUAAAUCUCAUAUCGAACAUCUCCUUUUCUUAGAAUUCCCUAUUAUCGCUACAUUUUUUUUUAUUUAUCAUACAGGCUUGAGAGGAACUAUGCUUUGUUUAAUUGUUGUUUGGAAUUGAUUUUUAAUUUAUAUUUUAAAUUAUGUUCAGCUAAUUUAUUUAUUCAACUAUAUUUGUUGUUACAACCCCAAAAUUAAGAGAAGUUUGAGGGCUACAUUAAAAAGCGAUAUUAAAGUCGCGAUUAUCUUUUCUUCCCUGUUGUGACGUAUAUCCGAGUGAAACGGCUUCUCGAAUGAGAAAAAAUGUUGGGCGGGACUUGAUUAUGUCCAUCAGGAAUUGAUUGGAUCGAUUGCUAAUUGCUGAGAUGUCAUGCGAGUGACGGGUCCCGCCCUCACGUUAGUAAACACGUCAUCAGAGAUGUAGUUGUGAGAGGGAAGGAAAGUUAUUUUGAUUUAAGAAUACGAGGGCAAACGAUUUAAAAAAUAAUAAUUUUUAAUAAA